AAAAAGCUUACGUGCUUUUUCUUCUCAAUCCUAAUAUGAAAUCCAGUUUGAUAAGCUUUAUCAUUAUUAUCUAUCAAGAACUAUAGAAAUCAGGGGGAAAUACCCGGAAGCUCCCUUUCCCUUUUCCAUAUGCAAUUUGCUGCUGAUUUCUUCCUUUUUGUCCUUGAGAAUAUAAUAUUUCAAAAUUUUAAAACUAUUGGUUCGAGGUUAAUGGGAAUCCAUCAAUCAUGCAGAAAUUCAUAAACAAAUCAUUUGUGAAAAGAAAGAGAUUUUCUUUUGUGCAGACUUAGAUCCUCUUCCCAUAGUCAUUGCAAUAGCUGAGGGUGCUUUCAACAAUUUUCAAGCUGCAAAAUGAGCUAUGCGUAUUCUCAUGUGGGCUCUGGUAGUAGAACUGGUCGAAGAACUUUUGAGUUUGGGAAAACUCAUGUGGUGAGGCCCAAAGGAAAACACCAAGCCACUAUUGUUUGGUUACAUGGUCUUGGUGACAAUGGUUCCAGCUCCUCUCAGCUUCUGGAAUCUCUUCCUCUUCCAAAUAUCAAAUGGAUUUGCCCUACUGCUCCUACCCGUCCUGUAGCUGUACUUGGCGGUUUCCCUUGCACUGCAUGGUUCGAUGUGGGAGAACUUUCAGAAGAUGGUCCUGAUGAUUGGGAGGGUUUAGAUGCUUCAGCAGCUCACAUUGCCAACUUACUGUCUACAGAGCCAGCUGAUGUGAAAGUUGGUAUUGGAGGCUUCAGCAUGGGUGCAGCAACAGCCUUAUACUCAGCAACUUGUUUUGCCCUGGGAAGGUAUGGAAAUGGCAUUCCAUACUCUGUCAACUUAAGAGCAGUUGUUGGCUUAAGUGGUUGGCUUCCAGGAUCAAGGAGUUUAAGAAACAAGAUAGAAGUGUCACAUGAAGCAAGAAGGAGAGCAGCUUCAUUACCCCUAUUGCUGUGCCAUGGAAUAAGCGAUGAUGUAGUUCCUUUCAAAUAUGGAGAGAAAUCAGCACAGUCCUUAAGUUCAGCAGGAUUUCGAUAUAUCACAUUCAAAUCCUAUGAUGGGAUUGGUCAUUAUACAGUUCCAAGGGAGAUGGAUGAGGUGUGCAAUUGGCUUAGCUCAAGGCUGGGGCUUGAAGGAUGAUCAUAAAUGGCAUGCUUUGGUAUAGGUAGAUCAUUGAAGGGUUGGUGGGUAUAUCUAUAUAUAUAUAUAUAUAUAUUAUGUACACAUAAGGUGUAGGAGAAUUAAUUUCCGGGUCUUUUUCCCCCCUCUUUGGUCAUGUUCCUGAUGAAUAAUGCUCUGAAUGUGUUUUCAUGUUUUUUCUGUUACGUUAUAUUAUUAAGAACCUAGAGACUAACAGUUGUAUUAUUAGAAAUAUUUUUAGUUGUAAUUGGUGGCUGGCUUCUUUA